UUAUGGUAUAAACUUCCUUGGACUGUUAUCUAGCACUAAGUAAUAAUGUUGAGGGUUUUACGACCCACAAUACAUGAACAUAAAAAGCAGCAAUGAAUCUACUUAUAAAAUAAGCAAAACAGAUGAGCAGAGGACCAGUAGUGCCAUCUUGGGUCAGUCAACCACCGACAAGAGCAUUCAUAGAUGACAUGACAAUAACAGCAAAAUCAGUAUUGGAAGGCAAGUGGAUGCUGCAAGACCUGGUUGAGCUUAUAAACUUGGCAAAGUGCAAGCCUUCAAAGUCAAGGAGUCUGAAAUUAAAGAAAGGAAAGGUGCAGGACAGAAAGAUCCGAAUCGGAGGAGAGAUCGUUCCAACAAUCACGGAGAGACAAGUUAAAAAAUUGGUCAAGUGGUUUAUAGACUCUUUAAAGGACAUAGUACAUGUAGAUGAGAUGGUAUCACAGACAGAAAAGUGGAUGACCAUUAUUGACAAGUCUGGUUUACCUGGGAAGUACAAAGACAUGGUGCUAUCAGCAUGGAAUAACACCAAAAAUCAAUUGGGCUCUGUUGAUGAACGAAGUAUUUCUGACUAAUGUUUAAAGUCAAGAGAGAAUGUUUAGUACGGCAGCUUUGUGAAUAAUUGUGCAGAUCCUGAUACAAGCAAGAAAUUGGGCAAAGAGUUUCCUCAACUAUUACUCUAUUAUUUCAGAUAGGGAGGCAUUUGAAAAAAAUGUCUCACUUCCGGUAAUAUCCAA